AUGCUUCGCUAUGCCAGCCACCAUGCUCGCCGAAAUCUGACUGACUCCGUCUUUGACUUUUCUCAUUUCGAGGCCCUCCCCAACUCGCUUCUCCUCCAUCGACAUGCCUCUACCGCCAGAAUAACGAAGGACGCAGUCACCGACUCAGAACCCAAACGUUACAGGUCUAAACAUUAUGACUCGUUAGGGAAUACGACUUUGCCGAAGAAGCUGCUGGAACCCCAUGUUCUUUCAACCCGGCUGAAGACAUUCUGCGGCCAGGGUAAAAUUGAGGCCGCUAUAUCUGCGCUCAAGCACGCACCAUUAGAUGCACAAAAUGUACCAGUAUGGAACACGUUAAUAUGGGAGUGCAUGAAAGCGGAACGUUUCAAACAGGCUUAUGAUCUCUAUAUAGAUAUGAAGCGACGCGGUUUUGGUCCAAACACACGAACAUUCAUCACCAUGCUCAACGGGUACUCCCGCAUCGAAAAUUGGAAGAAUUAUCCAAAACAAUUGCGACACACCAAGUCCCUAUACGAGGCGUUUCAACGUCACCUUGAAUACGUGAAAGACCGCGAUCCAACGAGUGCAGAGCUUGAUAUUUCAGCCAUCGCGUCCUACAUUAGAAUAUUGGGAUGUGCAGGUCUCAACCAAGAGAUUUUUGAUGUUUGCUACGCCAUGGACUCCAGUGGGCCCCUCUCCCCGAACCACAUCAUCUUUACGGCGAUGUUUCGGGCUCUCAGCUCGACACCCGAUCCAGACACUGAUUACGUUUCGAACGCGGCCAGCGCCAAGUUGCUUUGGUCGUUAAUGUUGAAGCAUCAGAGAAAAUCUCAGUUUCCAAUUGAUGAUCAUCUUGCAUCUGCCGCUAUAUUCGCGCUUGCUCGAGGUCGUCCUACCGAUCAGAAGCUCGCCUUUGGCAUCACUCGUGAAUACUUUGGGCUUGAAGGUCCGGGCGAAACAAGGGUCACCCCAAAGCUCCAGCUCAACCCCCAAGCCUUCGCUGCUGUCCUAGCAUUGUGCCGUUUCAGUAAGAACUGGCUUCACGCCAUCCAUUUCUUUGAAAGUGUUUCCAAAGGAACAUCGUCGUCUAUCGUGGACCGCAAUCACAUUGAGACCGUCAUACAUGCCCACACAUACCUCAAAAAUCCCGCUUCGGGCCCCCUUCAAGCACUGGAAUGGCUACUUGAUGAACACAUCUCCCAACAUCGAGAUGCACGACUCCGACCCACGCACUCCACGUUCAUGUCAGUUUUGCACGCCUGCCAUGCAUCAUCUUCCAACGAUGACUGGCGGUGUGCUACUCGUACGUUCGACUUGAUGACGGGCUAUCACUGUCAUGACUUCAUGGAUGGAUCUGUUUCCGAUAAUCCCAGAUUCGACCAACGAUCUCCAGGUCGCAAUAUUCAACCGACAGCAGAAAGUGUUUCUUUGAUGCUCCGAAUCGCCCUUGCCAUCCAGAAUUGUGCCCACAUCCGACAAGUUUUACGGCUGACCCACCAUAUUGGGCUGCAAAAGCUGUGCUUGCAGGAGAAAUCAGUGGAGUCGAAGAAAGAUAGGGAGUUUUAUUCGUUGAAGCUUGCGGACGGUGUUGUUUCCGCCGUCGACGAUAUUCUGGCAGAUAACAAGGGGAAAGACCAACCUCAUCAAGAGGACAUUGCGCGUUGGAUGGAUCUCAAGGGCGACGCCAACCAUAUUUUGGAAUCCCAGUUCAAGGUCAAAGGUGGCCUCCUACGGACAAUUAGGGUGAAAGAGAAAGAUCGUGAUAGAAGAAUAAGGUCCAGAAAACCCUAG